CGACGAGUUUGCUCUUUGACCCUACCUUUCCUCUCUCUUCCUCUCUUUCUCUCUUUCCCCCGCCACGGUCUUUGACCUCUAGUCUACCCGCCCUCUCUUUUAGUACCAAUACCUGGUCUUUCACACUCUUGCAAUGGCUUCCAACCAUAAGCAAGAAUAUACUGCUGAGAAGGAGUUCAUCGAUGAGAAGCUCGAUGUCGAGCGCUCGUCCGUCGUCCUGGAGGAGGAGGAGAACUCUCCAAUUCCUGAGGUCGCCGCUAUUGUCUCCAACAAAGAUGACCCCACUCUUCCUGUCCUGACCUUCCGUUACUGGGUCAUGGGUGUUCUCUUCUCCCUUCUCCUUUCCUUCUUCAACCAGUUCUUCUUCUUCCGUAGCAACCCUAUGUCGAUUAGUCCCAUGGUUAUCCAGCUUCUUUCCUACCCUGUCGGAAAGUUCAUGGCUCGUGUCCUCCCCCAUGGUCCCCUCAACCCUGGUCCAUUCUCAGUCAAGGAGCACGUCUUGAUCAGUAUGACUGCCAACUGCGCUGGUGGUACUGCGUACGCUGUUGAUAUUACCAUUAUUCAGAAGGUCUUCUAUGGUGAGGACUUUGGUUUCCUUGCCAACUUCUUCCUCGUUCUUUGCACACAAAUGGUUGGUUUCGGUAUGGCUGGUGUUCUCCGUCGUUACCUUGUCUACCCUGCUGCUAUGAUCUGGCCCGCCAAUUUGGUCCAGGUUGCCUUGUUUAAUACUUUGCACAAGGAUGAGGAGCUUGCUCCUGGUCAGUGGUCUCGCUUCAAGUUCUUCUUGGUUGCCACUUUAGGCAUGUUCUUGUACUCCUGGAUCCCAGGUUUCCUCUUCCCUGUCCUCAGCUCCAUUGCCUGGAUCUGCUGGAUCAAGCCUGACAGCAUCGUCCUUUCUCAGCUCACUGGUGCUGGUGGUCUUGGAAUUGGUGCCAUCUCCCUUGACUGGAACACCAUUGUCUCUUUCUUGGGUUCACCUCUUAUUAUCCCCUGGUGGGCCCAGGUCAACAUUGCACUCGGUUUCUUUGUCAUUGCUUGGGUCAUGGUUCCUAUUGCAUACUAUACCAACCUCUGGGAUGCCAAGAGGUUCCCUAUCCUUACUCCAGCCUUGUACACUCGUGAAGGACAUGAUUAUGACACUCAGCGAAUUUUGACUAAGAACAUCUUGGAUGAGAAAAAGUACGAUGCGUAUGGUCCUCUUCGUAUCUCGACCUUCUUUGCCUUGACCUAUGGUAUCGGUUUCGCUGGUCUUUCCUCCAUGGUUACUCACACCUGGUUGUACCACCGUCACAAGUUGGUUGCCCAAUGGAAGCAAUCUCGCGAGCACUCUGAAGAUAUUCAUCACAGACUUAUGCAGGCCUACCCCGAGGUCCCUGAUUGGUGGUACGCCGCUCUUUUCGUUCUUAUGACUGUCAUUGCUGUUAUCACCUGUGAGAUCUGGGACUACAAGCUUCCAUGGUGGGGUGUACUUUUGGCUGUUGCCAUGUCUGCAUUCUUUGCUCUUCCUGUCGGUUUGAUUCAGGCUGUCACCAACCAGCAGCCUGGUCUCAACAUUAUCACUGAGUACGUUAUUGGUUACAUGCUCCCCGGCCGUGCUAUUGCCAACGUUACCUUCAAGACUCUUGGUUACAUCUCCAUGGCUCAGGCUAUGCUUUUCACCUCAGACCUCAAGUUGGGUCACUACAUGAAGGUUCCUCCACGUGCUAUGUUCUGGGCCCAGUGCAUGGGUACAUUCAUUGCUGGUCUUGUCAAUUUGCUUACAGCCAACUGGUUGUUGAACACUAUUCCUAACAUCUGCCAAGCGGAUCAUAAGACAUUCAGUUGCCCUCACGCUCGCACCUUCUACUCUGCAUCAGUCAUCUGGGGUGUCAUUGCUCCUGAUCGUAUGUUCGGACCUACUUCGAUUUACAAUGCCAUCAACUACUUCUUCAUUUUGGGAUUCUUGUUGCCUAUUCCAUUCUAUUACCUCAAGAAAGUCUUCCCCAACACCUUCUUGGAUUAUGUCCAUAUCCCAGUCUUGUUGGCUGCCACAAGUAUGAUGCCACCAGCUCGUGCUUACAACUAUACCAACUGGUUGGCUCUUGGAUUCAUCUUCCAGUUCUUCGCCCGCCGUUACAGACCUGAGUGGCAUUUGCGUUACACUUAUGUGUUGUCUGCUGCCUUUGAUUCAGGCACGGCCUUCAUGUUGUUGUUGUCCUUCUUCAUCUUCACCAUCCGUGACGCUAGUAUGAUUGAAUGGUGGGGCACACGCUAUGACCUCUGCCCAUUGGAGUAUGCUCCUUUGAUCGCUCCACCUCCCCUUCCAGAGGAAACACCAGCGGCCUAAAAGAACAAAAGAUGG